AUGGAGGAGCCUUUCUAUAUCGUCGCAACCUUGAACCCGGUCCCGGGAAGGGCUCAGGAAGUGAUUGAAGCUAUCCAACCUUUCACCGAACAUGUCAAGGCCAACGAGCCAGGCUGUCUCCAUUAUGAGAUGUUCCAGCCCGCAGAUGCCGUGCCUGGCAACGGGCCCAUUGUCUUAAUUGAGCUGUAA